UCCGGCGCGGGAGUCCUGAGCUCGCGGGGCGCUCCCCGUGUGCCCGCCGGCCCUCCCCGCAGCGUGACCGGGCGCCGUGGCCGCGGGGAGGGGGGUCCGCUUCGUCGCCGACGGCGGGAGGCCUCUUCUCAACGCGGACCGCCCCCCGACCCUGCCGGUCCUCGGUGCCGCGCUCCCUUGUUCUCGCCCUGCCCGGUUGCACGCCGCCGCCGCAGGCGCCGACGAGCGGAGCGCGGACGCUCCUGCGCCCGGUGCGGCCCGGGCCCCGCCGCUGCGCCUCCGUCCUUACGGUCCGAGCCGCGACGCGCGGCGGCGGCGCCUCGUGCCCGAGCGACCCGCGGCCGCCGGCGCUGGCCGAGGGCGAUGGGGCUGGGCUGAGAGGCGGCGGCGGCGGCGGCGGCGAAAGCGGCCGCCCGGUCCCCUGCGGCCUUUUGGCUGCCCGGGCCGGGAGGCCGCCGAGGAGUCAGCACGGCGACGCGGCUGGACUGACGGCAGCGUCCUAGGAUCUUGGGUGUCUGCACAUAAGAGGUCUAUCCUCACCUGUUGUGAAGCCCAGCACCUUUGAGGUCACUGUAGAAAUGGACAAGGAAGAAAGGAAGAUCAUCAACAAGGGUCAGGAAGAUGAAAUGGAGAUACAUGGCUAUAACUUAUGCCGCUGGAAGCUUGCCAUGGUUUCUGUAGGAGUGAUUGGUACUGGUGGCUUUCUCCUCCUCCUCCUCUACUGGAUGCCUGAGUGGCGAGUGAAAGCGACAUGCAUUAGAGCUGCAGUUAAAGACUGUGAAGUGGUGCUGCUCAGGACUACUGACGAAUUUAGAAUGUGGUUUUGUGCAAAAAUUCGCUUUCUUCCCCUGGAAAAUCAACCAAAUUUUAAUGCAAAAUCUUUAGUUAAUAAGGUUUCUAAUGGCCAUGCUGUUCAUUUAGCUGAGAAUCUGACAGAAGAAAGUAGAUGCGAGAUGAAUAAAUACUCACAGACUCAGUCACAACAGAUGCGUUAUUUUACCCAUCAUAGCAUAAGAUAUUUCUGGAAUGAUACCAUUCACAAUUUUGAUUUCUUAAGGGGACUGGAUGAAGGUGUUUCUUGUACAUCAAUUUAUGAAAAGCAUAGUGCAGGACUGACAAAGGGGAUGCAUGCCUACAGAAAGUUGCUUUAUGGAGUAAAUGAAAUUGCUGUGAAAGUGCCUUCUGUUUUUAAGCUUCUAAUUAAAGAGGUUCUCAACCCAUUUUACAUUUUCCAGCUGUUCAGUGUUAUCCUGUGGAGCAUUGAUGAAUACUAUUACUAUGCUCUAGCCAUUGUGAUUAUGUCCAUAGUAUCCAUUAUAAGCUCACUAUAUUCCAUUAGGAAGCAAUAUGUUAUGUUACAUGACAUGGUGGCAACUCACAGUACAGUGAGGGUUUCGGUUUGUAGAGUAAAUGAAGAAAUAGAAGAAAUCUUUUCUACAGACCUUGUGCCGGGUGAUGUCAUGAUCAUUCCAUUAAAUGGGACAGUCAUGCCUUGUGAUGCAGUACUUAUUAAUGGUACUUGCAUUGUAAAUGAAAGCAUGUUAACAGGGGAAAGUGUUCCGGUGACAAAGACUAACUUGCCAAACCCUCCAGUGGAUGUGAAGGGGACGGGGGAGGAGCUCUAUAGUCCAGAGACACACAAGCGGCACACACUGUUCUGUGGGACGACUGUCAUCCAGACCCGCUUCUACACUGGAGAACUCGUGAAAGCCAUAGUAGUUAGAACAGGAUUUAGUACUUCCAAAGGACAGCUUGUUUGUUCUAUACUGUAUCCCAAGCCAACUGAUUUUAAACUCUAUAGAGAUGCCUACUUGUUUCUGCUGUGUCUUGUAGUGGUGGCUGGCAUUGGGUUUAUCUACACAAUCAUCAAUAGCAUUUUAAAUAAGAAGGAAGUUCAGGAAAUAAUUAUUAAGUCUCUUGAUAUCAUUACAAUUACUGUGCCACCUGCACUUCCUGCCGCAAUGACUGCUGGGAUCGUAUAUGCUCAGAGAAGACUGAAACAAGUGGGGAUUUUCUGUAUCAGUCCCCAAAGGAUAAAUAUCUGUGGACAGCUGAACCUUGUUUGCUUUGACAAGACUGGAACUCUUACUGAAGAUGGCUUAGAUCUGUGGGGAAUUCAGCGAGUGGAGAAUGCCCGAUUUCUUUUAUCAGAAGACAAUGCUUGCAGUGAAAUAUUGGUAAAAUCUCAGUUUGUUGCUUGCAUGGCUACUUGUCAUUCACUUACAAAAAUUGAAGGCGUACUUUCUGGUGAUCCACUUGAUUUGAAAAUGUUUGAAGCCAUUGGAUGGGUUUUGGAAGAAGCAACUGAAGAAGAAACGGCACUUCAUAACCGGAUUAUGCCCACUGUGGUUCGUCCUCCCAAACAGCUGCUUCCCGAGUCUACCGUAGCGGCAGGACACCAAGAAAUGGAGCUGUUUGAACUUCCAGCUAUUUAUGAGAUAGGAAUUGUUCGACAGUUCCCAUUUUCUUCUGCUUUACAACGGAUGAGUGUGGUUGCAAGGAUACUAGGUGACAAGAAAAUGGAUGCCUACAUGAAAGGAGCCCCUGAGGUCAUUGCCGGUCUCUGUAAACCUGAAACAGUUCCAGUUGAUUUUGAGAAAGUUUUAGAAGAUUACACCAAACAAGGCUUCCGUGUGAUUGCUCUUGCACACAGGAAACUAGAGUCCAAGCUGACAUGGCACAAAGUACAGCAUGUUAGUAGAGAUGCCAUUGAAAACAACAUGGAUUUUAUGGGAUUGAUUAUAAUGCAGAACAAAUUAAAGCAGGAAACCCCUGCAGUACUUGAAGAUUUGCAUAAAGCCAACAUUCGAACUGUCAUGGUCACAGGUGAUAACAUGUUGACAGCCGUCUCCGUGGCCAGAGACUGUGGAAUGAUUCUACCUCAGGAUAAAGUUAUUAUUGCUGAAGCAUUACCUCCAAAGGAUGGGAAAGUUGCCAAGAUCAAUUGGCAUUAUGCAGACUCCCUGACACAGUGUAAUGAAUCAUCAGCAAUUGACUCAGAGGCUAUUCCGAUUAAACUUGCCCAUGAUAGUUUAGAGGAUCUUCAGUUUACUCGCUUUCAUUUUGCGAUGAAUGGAAAGUCAUUUUCAGUGAUACUGGAACAUUUUCAAGAUCUUGUUCCUAAGUUGAUGCUGCAUGGCACCGUGUUUGCUCGGAUGGCACCAGAUCAGAAGACACAAUUGGUAGAAGCAUUGCAGAAUGUAGAUUACUUUGUUGGGAUGUGCGGUGAUGGUGCAAAUGAUUGUGGGGCUUUGAAGAGGGCACAUGGUGGUAUUUCCUUGUCUGAGCUUGAAGCUUCCGUGGCAUCUCCCUUUACUUCUAAGACACCUAGUAUUUCCUGCGUGCCAAACCUCAUCAGGGAAGGCCGUGCUGCUUUAAUGACGUCUUUCUGUGUGUUUAAAUUCAUGGCAUUAUACAGCAUCAUACAGUACUUCAGUGUUACUCUCCUGUAUUCUAUCCUGAGUAACCUGGGAGACUUUCAGUUUCUCUUCAUUGACCUGGCCAUCAUUUUGGUAGUGGUAUUUACAAUGAGUUUAAACCCCGCCUGGAAGGAACUUGUGGCACAGAGACCACCUUCUGGCCUUAUAUCCGGGGCACUCCUCUUCUCUGUCUUGUCUCAGAUUGUCAUCUGCGUUGGAUUUCAGUCGCUGGGCUUUUUCUGGGUCAAGCAGUAUAAAGUGUGUGAUCCGUACUCAGAUGUCUGCAACACAACAAGGAGCGCCUGUUGGAACUCGUCACACUUGUUCAAUGGGACUGAACUCGACACGUGUAAGAUACAAAACUAUGAAAAUACCACAGUGUUUUUUAUCUCCAGCUUUCAGUACCUCACAGUGGCCGUCGCCUUUUCAAAAGGAAAACCAUUCAGGCAGCCUUGCUACAAGAAUUAUUUUUUUGUUAUAUCUGUGAUUAUUUUGUAUGUUUUCAUAUUAUUCAUCAUGUUGCAUCCAGUUGCCUCUGUUGACCAGGUUCUUGAGAUUGUGUGUGUACCCUACCAGUGGCGUAUACAUAUGCUUAUCAUUGUUCUUAUCAAUGCCUUCGUGUCUAUCAUGGUCGAGAGCUUCUUCCUUGACACGGUCCUUUGGAAAGUUGUGUUCAGUCGAGACAGACAAGGAGAGUGUCGUGUCACCACCACACAGCCGCCACAGGAGUCAGUGGAUCGAUGGGGGAAAUGCUGCUUGUCCUGGGCCCUAAGCUGUAGAAGGAAGACUCCAAAGGCAAAAUACAUGUACCUGGCGCAGGAGCUCUCGGUUGAUCCUGAAUGGCCACCUAAGCCUCAGACAACGACGGAAGCCAAAACUGUAGUAAAGGAGAAUGGAUCAUGUCAGAUCAGCACCAUCACAUAGCAGAGGCCGUCUCUGCUGUGCUGGUGACAGUAUUCAGGAGAGUGUCAGAAUGGCACUGUCUCAGUUGAUAGCCCUCUUAUCAUACAGUAGUUGAUUAAAAACAAAAGCAGUAAAAUGGCAUUUGCCUCACAGUUAUUAACUAUCAGUCUGGCUGGAUCUUCAUGCAGUAACGCAAUGUGAUGUACACUUUAUAUUGGGUAUGAGAGAACUGUGUUGGGAUUUUUAAAUUUCAGCUUUUGACACUAGUUUGCCUUUCAAUUAAUUUUCACAAACCCCCUUAUUAGAAAGUUUCUUCUAUAUGUAGGCCCUAAUAUUGGGAUUGUUAAAAAUAAUAUGAUCGUUAAUUGUGAUUAGCCUUUGGUGAAAAUAGGUUGAAAAUCUAUUUUGAUUCCAAUGUUUCUCCCAAAGAGUUCUGUGUUAAACAUACACCAGUUUCCUUUGACCUGGGGAUAGGAGUCAGUUUGUGUUAUUGUUGAUAGAGCAACUCAGGUAAUUUCCAUUUCUGGUUUUGUAUUCUCUGUGUAGACUGCCUGGGUGUCACUUUCUAGCCAGCAAGGUGCUUCACUGCUGUCUCGAUGGCCUUCGUAACCUUUGUGGGUCUCCUACUGUGUCUGACGGCAGCAGUUCAGUUUGCCUCGUUCAACGAAGAACUUUUUAACUAGAAAAGUUUAUUUCUGAGCCAGGCAUGGUGGUGCACGCCUGUACUUCUGCACAGGAGGCUGAGGCAGGAGGAUUGUUCUUAGUCCAAGGAUAGUAAAGUCCUGUCUCAGAAUCCAUGCACGCAGAGAGCAACGGUCAUUUCCUUGGAGGUGACCUUGUAGCUCUUCAUACCUGUUGUUUGUUUUUCUUUCAGGAUUUUUCUCAUUCUACAUGCUUUUUCUACGUUUGUUUUUUAACUUAAAGGAAUUGGAUAAUACUGUUUUGUUUUUGAGUUAGAGCUUAGCCGUGGCAUAUGUCUCUCCUUUGGAUAAUGAGAAUUAAAAGAAUAAUGAAUAUUGAGUUUGACUUUUACAAAGCAGUGUGAACAUGAAUAGAGCUUGUUUUAUGCCAUUAGGUGGCACCAGAGGUCAGCACAUACCUGUUUUGUUACAAGUGAGCUUGAGAAAAUAAAGUAUACACAUUUAUUGAGCCAAAAGAAAUGUAGAAAGCAUUUUUCACAUUUGUGUUUUGUCUGAUUAAUGUUCAUUUCUCAAGGAAUAUCCACAAUGCCUUCCUAGGUAGGACUUGGCAGUUUGGCAGUGCCCACAGUUAUGAUAAGCUUGGGAAGCUGGCAUUGCUGUAAAGAUGGGCCCUAAAUUAGUGAAACAGUGUGAUGUUAUUCUGUGUUCUUUCUUAACUCACCACAUGUGUGUGCUUUCCAUUCCUAGUUGAUCAUUACUGUCCCAGUACAUACUUACCAGUUUACCAGAUGUUACCCAGAUUUGUGGAACCAUUG